AUGGGUGUCUCGUCUCUUGAUGUGAACCGUGUUGAAAGUGUUCAGGUGAUUGCAUGUAGGAUAAAAACGUGCAUUUAUGUAUAUACACUCAUUCAUUCGGUUUACGGCAUUUUAGAGGCACAACAAGAGGCAGAAGUAUCCAAGCGGCGACGCGACUGGGCUUUCAGUGAGCGAGACAAAAUUGUUCAAGAGAGAGAGUCAAUUCGUGCUCACUGUGAUAAGCUGAGGAGAGAGAGAGACAGAGCUGUGUCUGAGUUGGCCGAAGCUCUUAGGGACUCGGAUGAUAUGAAGAAACAGCGUAAUGAAGCAUCCAAAGAAUUAAAGGAACUGAAAGAAAGACUUGAGGCAGAACAGGAAAAGGCAGCUGUUGUCCGUCAGUUGGCAGCUCAUAAUCACUCAAGAGAUUCAGCAAUCGACACUGAUAUGCAAGAAUGGGAAACUGAUAUUCUUCAUUUGCCAAUUGGUGUUGUAUCUGAACGGGAUGUUGGGUUUGUCGUUGCCGGAGGUGCAGACGACCCACACUACGGAGGAAAUGAUGGAGCCAUUUACGUCACACAUAUUGCCAAAGAUGGUCCUUUCGAAGGAAAACUCAGGCUACAUGACCAAAUAAUUAAUGUGAAUGGAGUAGACUGCCAAAGAGUUCAUCGUUCAAGUGUUUAUGCUGCCGUUGUUAAUGGCGGUGGUUGGGUGCAGAUGACAGUCAGACGUAGACGAAGUGGUGGCCGCAGCCUCCACACAGUUCAUCUACACUGUCCCCACACUGCACAUCAUGGACUGACACUGCACACAGGGGUAUACAUAGCCAACAUCUUGCCUGGAAGCCCAGCUGCAAGAGAGAGUAAUUUAGCUGUGGGUGACAGAGUGCUCAAUAUAAAUGGGAAGCCAGUAGAUAAUAUUGGAAGUUGUGAGGAGGCACAGUGUUUGUUAGAUGCUGCAGGGGAGGUAGUUCAGCUAACAACAUUGAAGUCCCAUGGAUCAUCCUCCUUGUCAGAUCCUCUCAGCUCCUCCUCAAGUGGCCAUAACAUCACUGAGGAUGACAAGUCGACAUCCUCUUCACGGCCAUACUCCUCCCCCACUUCUCCGUCCAAGGAGACAGGGGUCAGCCCAGGGCGCUCAGGAAGCAGAGAACUGGUGAAGAAACUGAUGCCAGGAUCAGGGGGGUCCCAUAGUGAAGACAAUAGUUGCAAGAGAUAUGGAAGCAGCGAAAAGGUAGUUUAUAAUGUAACAAAGGCAGCUGGAGAUAAAGGCUCAGACUGGACCUUUUGAUCUUUCAAGAACAUGGUGAAACCUAGAAGACACAGUAAAGAACGAGCUGAAGAGAGAAGUGAGAGUAGAGAAAAAGAUGAAAAGAAGAAGCACUUAACAUCUGUCUUGGAUCAUGAAGCAGAAAGUGCUAUAGCUCAAUUAGAUUCUGUAAAUAAUUCGUAUCAUCAUAAGAGUGGCAGCAAUGGAGGGACAAGUACAACCAAGAGAUCCAAAAAGAGGGAGAAAGAUAAAUCUGGAGGCACUUGGCCCAAAUACAGAGGUGGGGGAGUGAGUACCAGGGAUGCAAAUAGCAGCACAAUUAUGUACACAGAAAGGAAAAGAGAGAGACCUCAGCUCACUGUGUUCUUUCCAAACCCCAUGACUUCCCAGUAUUCAUGCGAAGACAAACCUUACGAAAGUUACCAUCAUGAUAGAUACAUGAGCUCGAGAUCAAGUCCUAGAGGUACACCAACUAGUCCACGAAGUCAGCAGCUUUCCCCCUAUAAUAAAAGUGUGGAUAUAAGUGGAAAACCUUCAUCAUAUAGUAGUGCAUCUCAAGUUUAUUCCAGUCCACAGUCCAGUAGUAAUGUAUAUCCCAGUCAAGAAGUAUAUUCUAAUGUAGGUCCACACAACACCUCUAUUGAAAGAAAAAGUGAGGAUUCAGAAAGAGAUAGAGAUCGCCUAAGUUCCCUCACAUCUGAUACAUCACUUGAUUUCUCCGUGAAAUCUGGGAAAGUUGGCAAAGCAGAGCUGGAGUACUAUGUAAAAAAGAAUAUUCUGAAGUAUCCUCCAAGUGAUAGUGAGAGCAUAGACAACAAUCUUCAAAUCAGUCAGCCGCCUGUGUAUGGUACGAGACCAUCCCCUCUGCAUCAUGGGGGUGACCGCACUCCCAACUCACGCAUUCCUCACCCUCAUUCGGGGCUUUAUUCUCCGCCAAAUCCACCUUUAAGAUCACCUCAAGGAUUUGCUCCUUACCCUCAUUUGUCACAUUUCUCCCUCAGUCAUCCUCACCAGUAUCCUCAUAGUUCGGUAGGCUCUUCAAUAUCUGCCGUCUCUCCACGCUACUCGUCGCCUCCCACCUUGCCUGUGGUUCCCUCACACUACCUGUCACAAUCUAGGAGUGGAGAUAGCAUUUUUCCCUCUGGACUGGAACGUGAUCCCCGGGAUGGUCGGGGAUAUUAUGAAAGCCGUCAGGCAUCCUCUCCCACACCAGUUGGUAUGAUUGGGACUGUAAGUGGUGGAGUUUUCUAUCACUCUCCUUCCCCAUCACUAGAGUUGCCCGGCCAUCACAAACCCCGUACUCUUCAUCAUCUUCAUCCAUACCGUCCAACAUCCGAUGAACAUCCACUGCUUCCUCACCAUUCGUGUCCUCCGUCUUACCAUGAUUCUCAACGCUUCACGGGUACCAUGCCUCGCAAAAAAGAAGAUGAACGAAUCAGAAUACCAAGCAAUGCAAGUGUUGCAAGCAAGAGCAGUGGAGGGAAAGGGAGCAGCUUAGAGAGAACAUCAGAGAGAGGAUCCCCAAUGCCUUUUACUUGUUCUGUGGAGACGGUUGGUGGAGGUGGAGUGUCAGCAAGAGGACAGCACAUCACUCACAUCACACACUCAGUGCACAAUCCCCAUUACCCUGACUAUACUUGGCAGAAGAGACCACAUCCAGGAGAAAUUAGAAAUAUUGACAUAGAGAAGUCUGCAGAGCCUCUGGGCAUCCAAAUUCGCUGUUUAGAGAAUGGGGGUGUUUUUGUCUCUGCAGUGACACUCAAUUCACUUGCCUCCCAGGUUGGGUUGUGUGUUGGUGACCAGUUAUUAGAGGUCUGUGGAAUCAACCUGAGAUCAGCCACAAAGCAGUCAGCCUCAACAGUACUUUCCCAGUGUGGCACGUCUGUUACCAUGUUAGUCCAAUAUAAUCCAGAAAAAUACCAAGAAGCAGAAGGUUGGGUAGGCAGCAGCAGCAGCAGCAGCGUCGGAGGUUCUCGCUCGGGCACCCCAACCCCUCGCAACUCUCCCAAACCAACCUCGCAUGACUCUCCCCAUUCUGUAGAUGAUGAUAACAUGCCCCCGUCAUCGACAUCCACUCUGCGGAGCCCACUGGAUCUUCGUGACACUCUCGACCAUUCCCUUGAUCAUUCCUUGUCGCCUUCUGCUAGAUCCACACUCACCCGUCCUGAAAUUGCACAUGUGAUGAAUUCACUUAAAAGAGAAACAUUUUCAAGGCGUAGUGAGAAUGGUGGUGUUGGUAACAGUAAUGGUGGUGUUAGUAGUGGAGGCAGUAAUCCUGGAGCAAGCAGUGGAGGAAGUGGAGUCAGCCCUAAUAAUGCAAGUGCAGAACCACGACUGGUGUAUUUGGAGCUUAAUAAAUCCCACAAUUUAGGAAUACAGAUGGUUGGGGGAAAUGCUCUGGGGAUCUUUGUCCAUGCUGUUCCUCCAGACUCCCCGGCAGCUAAAGCUGGGCUCCGUCCCGGUGACCACAUCCUUGAGUACAAUGGAGUGGAUCUCCGACAUGCUACUGCUGAACAAGCUGCCUUUGAGCUUGCAAAACCUGCUGAUAAUGUCAAAAUGCUAGUGCAGUACAAUUACCAAAGAUAUGAAGAAAUUCAGGAUAAACCUGGUGACAGCUUCUAUAUACGUGCAUUGUUUGAUCGAUUGGGUGAUGCAGGGGAUUCUACUGAUCUUCGCUUUCGAAAAGAAGACAUUUUAUAUGUAGAUAACACUAUGUUUAACAAUGUGCCUGGUCAGUGGCGAGCAUGGGUUGUGGAUGAAGACGGACAGAAAAGACAAUGUGGAACAGUUCCAAGCAAAGACAAGUAA